AUGAACGCAGAUGAAUCGUGGAGUAAACAGGGCAUCACAGAUAUGCUUUCGCAUGUCGAUAUACUGAUACGCGGAGUCAAACCGAUCGUGGAUGGUGCAGAACAGGCAGUAAAAACUAGAGAGGACAAGAUUCUCAAGGAAAAUGCAAACGUACGAGAAGGAUUAGAGACGUAUGUUAACUGCCUGCGAACUGCAUACAAAUACAGAUCGGGAGAGAACGCAUUAAACGAAAUCGCAAACCAUCUCUCCAACGAAAAUGACCCCAGAUUCAAGGAUACAGUGACGUGUUGCCGACAAGAAGCCUUAGAAUAUCGUAGCAAGACGAUGGCGUUUCCUUUGGACAAGUGUUGGGAAAAUAUGCCUGAAGUGCCUCACGAAGGUAUUCGUUUGUUCAUUUUUUAUAUUCUUCAUGAAAUGAAUAACAUUUUCAUAAACUCCUACGACGACGAUGAUAUAUUUCCACAUGUCACAAUAUCUUCAUCAUGAUUUGAAUUCAUGAACAUCCACCUCUUAUUGUACGAUAGUCUACGAUGAGUAUUUGCAGUGAGUCAAGUAAUAAUGGGUGAAGCAGGAUGAGCAAGUUCAGUGUUCAUGAUAUGUUCAGUCGUCUACAAAUGAGAUUGUGAAGAUAAUGUUAUCGUGAGCAGAAACACACACUAGAAGACUAUUUGUUGAACGUGAUACUGAUUGAGUACUAGCAUAGUUGUAUCAUUCGAGUGGAUGAGUUUGUAGAGUAGAGAGCUUGUUGAAUCUGUGCGCAAAACAGAUUGUUUUGCAUCUUUUCAUUUCGCAUAAUUUCCAGUUUGAACGUCGUAGUAUGAUUGUGAGAUAUUUACUCUACAAGGUGUUCAUUGAUGAAUCAUUCCAGAUCUUCAUCAACUGAAUGUGCU